GCGAGCGGUAUAGACGGUCGACGCAACGAUACAGAUCGGCAGUUACAAAUAUAUACGACGUAAAGCUUAAUUAAUCAACAAAAAAGCUCACACAAGCCUACAACAACAGCAAGAAUAUUAUUUGGAAAUGGAACGCUGGUUGAAUCGCGUGGCCGUCGUUACUGGCGCCAGCUCUGGCAUUGGAGCCGCCUGCUGCAGAGAUUUGGUGGCCAAGGGCAUGGUUGUGGUCGGCCUUGCUCGUCGCAAGGAGCGUUUAGAUGAGUUGAAGGCGGGCUUGCCGGCCGAUCAACGUCAACGCUUCCACGGCUAUAAGUGCGAUGUGAGUGUCGAGGAUGAGGUCGUCAAGGCGUUCGCCUGGGUCGAUAAGGAUUUGGGUGGUGCCGACGUGCUGGUCAACAAUGCCGGCAUUGUCCGCCACACCCAAAUCACAGAUGCCGGCAAUGGUGCUGAUCUGCGCGCCAUCCUCGACACCAAUGUGCUCGGGGUCUCUUGGUGUACCCGGGAGGCCUUCAACUCCCUCCAACGGCGAAAAGUUGAUGAUGGACAUGUGGUGAUCGUCAAUAGCGUUGCUGGCCAUAAAGUGCCGGUUGUCCCCAACUUCAGCUUCAGUAUGUAUGCCCCCUCCAAGCAUGCCGUUACCGCCCUGACUGAGGUAUUGCGUCAGGAAUUCCUCAACAAGGGCACCAAAACCAAAAUCACAAGCAUCAGUCCUGGCGCUGUCGAUACUGAAAUUAUCGAUAAGUCCAUAACGGAAAAGGUCGGACAAAUGCCAAUGCUACGUUCCGAGGAUAUCUCCGAUGCUGUGGUUUACUGCAUUCAGACACCGCCCAAUGUUCAAAUACAUGAUCUGAUUAUCAAGCCAGUGGGCGAAUUUUUCUAAGCCCAACAGCUUUAUGUACAAGUAUAAAAACAAUCUACUUUUUUUUCAAUAAAUCCCACUGAUGACAAAAUA